AGUCUCUAGGGCAAAAGUCAUCCCUCUGAUAUCCCAAUAUUUACAUACUUAUGUCAUAGCCAAUAAAAUAAGUUCUAUUAUUUCCUUCUUUAAUUACAAUUUCCUGGAUGUGUAUUGUUUUAUGUGAUAUUGACAUGAGAAUUAGGCCUAUGCAGAAAGUAGCCGAUUAUCUUUGCGAGAUUAAUUGGAUCCUUCAAAGUGAAAUGUUCACAGAUUAAAGACAUAUAUAAGAAUACAUCAUUUGGAUAUCAGAAUUGACAUUAGAAUUUCCAGAGCAAACUAAAUUAGUGUAGAGUGAGGGUGAUGAAGUAAGAAGUUUUUAGGAGGCCAAUGUCCUCAGAUGACAAACAGCAAACAGAGGAGGUAUCCUCUCUGCAAGCAGAGGAGUUAGAACUUUUAGCCAAGCUUGAGGAAGCAAAUAGGAGGUUACUGUCAGAUGAAAAAUCUGCAUUCAAUUCCACACCGUCACCAACUUUAGGACAUUCACGACAAGGCUCAGCCUCUAGUGUUGUGUCUUCAGUAUCAUCCAACAGUCAGCAACACUCAGAGGAAGAUGGCACUGGUCAGCCAUUUGGUAAUCUCUGGGAUAUUUGGGGAAAACUUGUAAAUGACUGGGACAAUGCUAAAAAGAAACCUGCAUAUCUAAAGGAACUUGUGCGAAAGGGCAUUCCCCAUCCAUUCAGAGGGUUAGCAUGGCAGCUAUUACUGAAUGUACACAGCUCUCCACACAAGCAGAUGUAUGUAGAAUAUAUGAGAGAAUCGUCCCCUAGUGAGAGAUACAUUAGACGGGACAUUGCCAGAACGUUUCCAGACCAUGAGUUUUUCAAGGAGAAGGAUGGUGUGGGACAAGAAAGUUUAUUUAAUGUCAUGAAGGCAUAUUCCCUCCAUGACAGAGAAGUAGGUUAUUGUCAAGGAAGUGGAUUUAUUGUCGGCUUACUACUUAUGCAGAUGCCUGAAGAAGAGGCUUUUGCAGUACUUGUUAAAUUAAUGCAGGACUAUCGUCUCAGAGAACUGUUUAAACCUAGUAUGGCAGAGUUAAGUUUGUGUAUGUACAAACUAGAAUGUUUAAUACAGGACCUGCUUCCUGCCUUGUACUUACACUUUCAGUCUCAGGGGUUUUACACAUCAAUGUAUGCAUCGUCAUGGUUUCUAACAUUAUUUGCUACAACAUUGUCACUGUCUCUUGCUUGUCGUGUGAUGGAUCUAUUUAUAUCAGAGGGCAUGGAUAUUAUAUUUAAACUGGGAAUUGCAAUACUUCAAUCUAGUCAAGAUUAUCUGAUGUCAUUAGAUAUGGAAGGGAUGUUAAAGUUCUUCACAAAAGAGUUGCCUCUUAAAUAUGAACAAGAACCAGAGAGGUUAUUUCAGCCAGCAUACUAUGUCAAAUACAAUGCUAAAAAGAUGAAAAAAAUAGAGAAAGAGUAUACAGCAUUGAAGAGUAAAGAAAAUGAGGACCAGAUAGAGUUAAGGAGAUUAAGGACAGAAAACAGAUUACUCCGACAGAGGAUAGAUAAUCUAGAAAAGGAAUCAGCCUCUUUAGCAGACAGACUGAUACAGUAUCAAUUGACAAGAGCUCAAGAGGCAGAGGAAACAUAUGCUCUCAAAAAUGUCCUCUCUACAAUCAAAAAGGAGUUAGCUGAGUCACAGAAGAAACUAUCUGUAGCAAAUAAUCUUAUAGGAGAUAUAAAACAAAGGACAUCUAGUAUAAAUUCAGCCUCAGCAUUAGAUGAUGAAGAAGCACAGACUGUGAUACAAAAUCUACAAGAAGAAUUAAUAGUUAUACGACUUAAAGAUGCAGAUACAGAUUCUCUUGUUAAAGAACUAAGAUCAAAGAUCAAGGAGCUUGAAGAUACAAAUGUCCAGUUACAGAGAGCCCCUAGUAAUGACAUACAGAACUUACAAGAGGAGUUGAUAGCGGUCAAGCUACGAGAGGCUGAGGCCAAUCUGGGACUUAAAGAAAUGAGGCAGACUGUACAUGAACUAGAGAGUAUGUGGGAGAAUUUUAAACAUAAGUCAACGGCAGACUCGCCAACAUCUUCUCCGAAAGACAAAAAUCACAACAAGGAAGUAAAACAGCUACAAGAAAAUGUAAUGACAAUUAAAGUUCGGGAGGCAAAUUGUAUGUCUGACUUAAAAGAUACAAAACAAAAGUACAUGGAGCUAGAGACACAGAAUCAUAUAUGUUCAAACCAAAUUCGUAGAAUGGACGAGGAAAAUAAACUCUUAAAGGCAAAAUAUGAAGAAGGUUUGGAGAGAGAGAAGAAAUUAGAUGGUCAUAUAAAGGAACAUAUCAGAAAGAUCGAUGAUAUGCAAUCUCAGAGGAGAGAAGAAACGAUGAUGCUGAAGAUUAAAGAGGCAGAAAAUACUCAUGUGAUAGCAGAACUAAAACAACGAAUAGCUGAAUUAGAAAUUCAGAAAGAGGAAAUAUGGACAGCUGACCAGUUGGAGAAUAAAAGUGGACAUCAGGAUCUUGAAAAUCGUAUAUUUGACCUACAGGAUGAGGUUCUACAAUUGAAGUUUUUCCAGAAUUCACCAAAGUCCACUUCUUACAACGGUCUAGAAGUGAGUGAUAGUGAGUCAGAAGAAGACUUUGAAGAGUUAGAAAAUCCCGAGAGUUUAAACAAAACCUUAUCAGACAUUAUAGAAGGGAAGAACAAAGCCUGUGAUUUAUCUUUAAAUACUCAUCUUCUUGGUGCUGAAUCAGAACUAACAAAUGGACAGUCUUUAACUUCUGGUUUUAAAGAGUGCUUAACAAGGGAGACAAAUCUUCAGAAUUCAAGUUCUCCAAUAGUUUUAGUAACUCAGGAUUCAGAAGUGUGUUCAAAUGAGGAAGAAACUCAGUGCAAUGGAAAUUUAUCUGAAGACCAUUCAGAUUUAAGUGCCAAUUCUUUUUCUACAAAUAAACAAGAUGUUUGUAGAGAAAUUGAAAGUACUUUGGAAAAUCCCUCCACAAAUGGUACAAAAGAUUCCAUUUCAACUAAUGAAGAAUCAAGUUUACUAGAUGAAAUUUCAUCAAGUUUACAAACCAUUUCAUUUCAGAACCAGGAGACAGAUUAACAUGAAAACCUGCCUAAAACAUAUCUUCGUAUAAUUACUUUUUUUUUUUUAUAACACAUUGAGUAUAAACAACAUUAAAAAAACAUAUAUUUUCCACCAAUCAGAAUAUUUCUAUUAUGUAAAUUAUCAUAUGAAACAUGAAUAUACAAACUCUUACUUGAAAGGAAAACUAUACAAAAAUUGAAAUAAAAAUAUUAGCAAAUUUAAAAAAAUGAAUUUAUUUGAUAUCAUGUCAAUUAAGAAAUGUAUGAAAUAAAGGAUUACAGGAAAAUCAUGUUUUAUCCAUUAUUUUCAUUUUAUCUUAAAUGAUUUUAAAUAUGUCUAAUCAAGUUUUCAAAUGAUAAGUCAUAUUAAUAUUAAGUCAAGCAAGAUUCAUAAUGCCAUCUUUACUGCCAUGCUUAGUCACAGAAAGACCAAAUAUUUUUAGUAUACUUUUUCCCAAUUGUCUUUGAAUACAAUUUGUUUACAUCACUUAGAAAGUUAUUCUGUCAGAAAUCCAAGUUUGAGUGAAUAUUUUCCAAAAAUAAAGUAUUGAAAAUAUUUAAUCGUUCUUGAUAAUAGAUUUAGAUAUUGAAAAUACAGGAAAAGUACUUUUUGUUGUGUAACAGAAUAUUCAAUCAAAUUUUAAAAUGACAACCUACUUGAUAAUUUAUUGGCUAAAUAUUUUUUUCUAUCUCAAAUUAAAUCUCCUUUUUUUAGGGAAUUCAAUCAUGUUAUAAAGGGCAAGGAGUUCAACCACCACACAUGAAACUCAUCAUUUCUGUUUGGAAUGUCAACAGACUUAAGUUUGUGCAAUACUUAUCAUUAUUUCAAUAAAACUCACCAGAAAGUUUAUUUUUGUCUUUAAAUAAAGGUUUUACUUAUACCAGAAGCUGACAUCACAGUGAUAAAAAAAACUCUGAAUAGAGACAGCAUACUUUAAUUUAUAUUUUUGUCAACUUCUAGAGGCAAGCUGAUGUGUCCCCAUUCUACAUUUUUUGUGCAUGAUAUUUUCAAAUUUAAUUUCAUAUUAAUCCCUUGAAAAUUUUGUUGUCAUCUAUAUCAUUAGAAGACUUAUAUAUGACCUUAUAAGAUCGUUUUUCAUAGUUGCUUAUUUGUAAUGAAAAUAAAGAAUGCAUCUUAACUAUAAAUUGACUAUGUGAUCUAUAUAGAAUGGUUUCAAAUAUUUUUUCUUGUCUAGUCAUCAUGUUUAUCCUAAUAAAAUGAAAUUACCAAGAUGAAGAAACAAAAUAGUUGUUAAUUUAUAUUUUGGCAACAUUGUAGUAAAGAUAUAAAUGGUGGUGUAUGUCACAAUUUGAACUACUUUUUGGCAAAGUAUGAAAAAGUUCUAUCAUUUUCUGUUUACACUCCCAUACUUCUUUAAGAGCUGUAAGUUACUGCCACUUAACCAUAACAACAGCAUAUAUAAGAAAAAAAUGAAUUCUUACAAAGAGGAUCCUUUCAGCACUUUAAAUAUUUACUAAUUAACAUCUUCAUCCUUGUUCAUUUGAUUUCAUUCAAUUAUAAUUUGUAUCAUCUAAUUGCAAAAAUAAACAUAUCUAAAUCCUAACAGCUUUAUCAUCCUUAUGCAAUUAUCAUUUUAUAAUGAACAUAAAUAUGGUAAAAUGUGGCACCUUUGUAGAAGAUCAUGAGAAAUAUUUUUCUUUAUGUUAAUUUGUACACUUGUCAAUUUUAUUGUUACAUUCAUUAUUGUGCCAAAUGUUAAAGGUUUGUUAUCAUUAAAGGUACAAUAUAUAUUUAUUAUAUGUUUUGUAGUGGUUAUUUUUUUAAAUUCUAAGAAGUUUACUUAUGUUAAUGUUCAACCAGAUUCAGAAACAUCUAGGUAUAUCUAUCCAUUUAAAUACAAAUUAUGUAUUUAAUUUUGUAACAUAGAACUACUUAUAUAUUUCUGUCUGAUUUCCAGAAUUGGCUGCAUUAUAUUCUGAGAUGUAAUUAAAUCCACUAAAGAAUCAUUGCUGUUAUUAUUGGCCUUCACUGUUUGACAGGCUAUGUCAUCUACAGUAAAUUAAUAAAUGAUUAAAAUAUUCUAUUUUCCUGUAAUGAAGAAUAAGUUUAAAACAUCUUGUAUUGUAUAUAUAAUUUCAUAAAAUUAUCUGUUUACAAUAAAAAAUAUGAUAUAGGUAAUUUUUUUUAUAUUUGAAUUUUCUGAACAAUUUUCUUCCAUUCAUUUACUUACCACAACUCCACUUCAGCUACAAAUCUCUGUGUGAAAAUAUCCUUAAACUAAAAAAAAUUCGGAGAUUUAAUUAGUAUUCAUUAAAAAGUAAAUUAUGUAUGAAUUCUUUGAUAUGAUUUUUAUGGCAAUUAUUUUGAUUUUUCUUAUAUAUCUUCAUAUUUUGAUUUGUUUAUAAACUCUAUGGUGUAUUUUAUAUUUGGUUUCUAUCUAAUUAACAUAAACCCCCAUUUCCUUUUAUAUUUAUAUAUAACACCCGUAUUCAAAUUAAAACAAUUCUCUUUCUUAUAUGAUUAAUUUUUACUGUUCUGAUAAAUGUUUCCAUUCUUUUCCCUUCUCUGUUCUUUGUAUGAAUUCUUGUAAUUUCAGAAAAUGACUUUCAGUUAAAAAAUUACAACUAUUCUACAGUAAAAUGUUAUAUGUCUCAAAGUAUUCAAAUAACUCAUACAAAUAAAUUAUUCCACUUUUCUUUGUUUUGUUUUUUUUAUCUCAAAACAUAAAAGUUCAAGCUUUUGAAUUAUUUCAUUUUUCAAAUUUUAUUAAAAAUCAGCAAGAACAUGUACCAUAUUUGAUCAUAGAAACUAGUAAUUAAAUAUGUGUAUAAUUGAAAUAAAAAAUCAGACUUGUUAUACGUUGCUGAAGUAAGACUAACUUUUCCCCCAAAUUAAAGAGCCCCCAAAUGGCAUGUUACCUCCUGCUUGUUUCCCUUCAGUAACACAAUAUCAUAUUUGUAAAAGUCUAUUAGUUUACAUCAUCUGUCUUGUCUUGUUUUAUUGUUAUGUUGCUGUCAUGUCAAAGUUUAUAUGUGUUUGUGUUAAAUGUUAUUUACAAUGAUUAAAAAUAUUUUCAAUAUUUUAACAA